CAUAAAUAAAAGCUAGCUUGGCCGUCGGUUACUACCUCCGCAGCAUUAUUAGAGCGAGAGGUAAAAAACAAAACCCAGCCCCAAAAAUUCGAAACAAAAAAAGGGGAAAAAUCAAACCCUAGGUGCCGGAUCGGAGGGAGAGAAGAGGGUACGUUCUCACCUGUAACUGGAAUUCCCCAAGGCAAGUUUCUCCACCAUAAAACGGCCUCGUUUCAUUAAAACGACGUCGUAGCUCUUAAACAACGGCGUUCUAUCAAAACGACGUCGUUCUUCUCCCUAGACGGCGUCGUUUUCCUGCUGCAACGUCGGUUUUUUUUUUUUUUUUUUUACUUUUUUUCUCUCAAAAAUUUUAAAUUAAUUUUAGAUCUCGUCCCCCCCUUUGCUUUGUUUCGAAUUCAAUGUUCGAAGAAAAUUCGUGAAUUUUUUUUAAUGGAUUGUACGAUUUGUGGAAGAAGAUGAUAGAAUCGAGUUAUGUGAAGAAGGCUAUGGCAUUUGAAGAGGAAACGAGGAGUUUUGCUUGCUCUUCCAUUUGUGUUUGUUUUAGAGAACUUCAUCAGUAAAAUGGACCUCUAUGUGACCAGUCCUGGGCCAAUUGACCAAUCUGUACUUUAUGAUCAAGAUAAGCACGUGUCAUCAGCAGUGUGGGAGGGGCAGGAGCGUGGUGCCCUUAGAUGUCAUGAACACACUUCAAAACUUGAUCAAUGGGCACUCACUCAAAAUCAGCUGGAGCUAGUACAUAAGGCUGGAUUUGGGUACUUAAGAUUGAUCCCUGCUAUUAGUUUGGACAAUCCACUCAUCUCUGCACUAGUUGAGAGGUGGAGGAGAGAAACUAAUACAUUUCACUUGAAUGUUGGAGAAAUGACGGUAACCCUUGAAGAUGUUGCAUACUUGCUUGGACUAGCAAUUGAUGGAGAACCUGUUAUGGGUGUAACCUAUACCAUGUGUGACACAAUAUGUGAAAAACUUUUAGGAAAAGCACCAGACUCUGGUUCUACUAGUGGGGGAAUGGUGAAGUUAAGUUGGUUAAAAGAGUCGUUUUCUCAGUGUCCUGAAGAUGCACCAAUGGAAGAGAUAGAGCGCCGUACACGGGCUUACCUGCUUUAUCUUGUUGGUAGUACGAUUUUUUCCACGACCACUGGCAAUAAAGUCCCUGUCAUGUACCUUCCAUUGUUUGAGAAUUUUGACCAAGCUAGUAAUUAUGCCUGGGGUGCAGCAGCAUUGUCAUUCUUGUAUAGAGCACUUGGCAAUGCCUCUCUGAAAUCUCAAAGUACCGUUAGCGGCUGUUUAACACUACUACAGUGUUGGAGUUACUAUCAUCUGGAUAUUGGUCGACCAAGGCUCAAUCAAGAUUCAAUCCAUGUUUCUUUUCCACUUGUACUUAAAUGGAAAGGAAAACAAAGUGGUCCAACGGCAAACCGUGAUUUAAUCUUCUAUCGCAAGGCAUUGGACUCCCUCAAGUCAAGUGAUGUUGAGUGGCUUCCUUAUAUGAACAUUGACAGUAGAAUUAUACCAGAAGAUAUCAAGAGUAGUUUGAUUGUAGGGAGAUCAAAAACAAUGUUGAUAUGUUUUGACAAGGCAGAAAGACACCUCCCUGAUCGUUGCUUAAGGCAAUAUGGCUUGCGCCAGUCAAUCCCAGAAGAAGUGCAGCGGUGGGAAAGAAAGAGUCGUGGAGUUGAUGGUGGGGUAGACUUGUCAGGGAAAAUGGAACUAGAGCUUAACGAAUGGUUGGACCGUCAACUCAAUAUUGUGGAAGAUGAUGGGGGUGUAGAAGAAAGUGAAUACAUGCAGUGGUACCUGAAAAUUACGCGUAGAUUUGUAGGAAGGCUUAUACCUUUAUCAUCAGAAUUUCAGAGAAUGCAUGCUGCAUUAAGGGAUAUUGCACACUUGGCUGAUACAGUCUCCACACAAGGGAUGGAUUCUCAGCAAACAGAAUCAGUGACGAGGAUCAGGUACAUUGUGCAUGAAUGUCUAAGGGAUCAAGUUGGAACUUCAAUGCUAGCGCCGAGCAUCCCACAGGUUGAACAUGGGAAAAGGAUAAGGGGAAAGGAAAUGAUAAGAAGGAAGAGUAAUGGGAAACGUAGGCGGAAGGAUGAUCCAGUUCAGUGUCAUGCAGCUAGCGAAGGUGGUGAUGGUGUUGAUGCACAGCUGCACACAACUAUUGAGGUUGAUGGCACUCUGCUCUGUCAUCCAACUGAUGAGAUUGAUGAUACGGAGACUUGUAUUGCAGUUACUGGGGUUGAUGACUCUCAGGUUUGUCAUGCCAUUAUCAAGGGUGAAGCACAAGCUGUUCCACAGUCAUCUCUUAGAACUAGUGAGGAUGUUGGGCAACAUAAUGACUGUAGCAUUGUAGUUUAAGAAUAUUUAGCAUGUGGCCACUGGGAUUACAUUAUUUCACAAUCACUCAGCGAGGCGCUUAUAUUAUUCUAUUUUUAUAGUCUCUGCAUUUGUGUUGGAGGCCUUGCACUGCCAUACAGAGCUAUUGAUUUUAAAUUUUUCCUUGUUUUUUUCUUGAUUUUUUAGCUUUGAAAUGCAGCCCGACAUCACCUGUGCGUGCUCUGUGGCUGAAACAACCAGGAUUUGAAUUAGAACAGAUCAAGUCUUGUUCUCUAGUUUA